AUGACUGCCCAGGGAGAAGGGGAUGUGAAGGAGGAGAUACUGCAGCCGCCUGAGCCUCACCCCGUCCCCCCCAUCCUGACUCCGUCUCCCCCGUCAGCCUUCCCCACCGUCACAAACGUACGGCAGGACAACGACCGCUACCACCCCAAACCUGUCAUCCACGUCCUGGCUACACAGAAUAAAGACGCCGACCAGCAGCAGAACAAAUCUGAACCCAGUCUAAACAAGCAGAGCAGUCCCUCAGAGCAGAAAGACCAAAAUCUACAAAGUGGAAAACAGCCGACUCAGGUCUCAAAUCUAGAUCUCAACGACAACUAUAACAACAAAUCAACAUCCAGCAAAUCGGACUCGGGCCAGACGCAGACCCCCUCCUCGCCACUCUCCCCGGCUGUUUUAGAAUGUUCCGGCGUUCCUCGGAUCGAGAGAAAGCUGAGCAUUGAGAUUAAAAAGGUGCCGUUACAGGAAGGACCUCGUAGUUUUGACACUUCCUCCUCCAUGGGGGUAGCAGGCGGAGCGGGCAGCGGCUCAGCCAAUAACGCAGGAGUGCUACAGAGAAGCCACGCCUUCAAAGCCCGCUCUGGCCAAUCCCUGCUCACGUCUAGCUCUUCGCUGUCGGAGGACUCGGGCACAGAGGGAGGAGCGGGUGGGUGUGGGGAGGGUCCUGCAGAGGGGGGGGUCCUCACCAGACCAAACCACCUCCCUGUGAAGAGUGAGAAGGGGGAGACACUCGGGGGGGAGAAACUGGACGUGAAGGGUGGCCAUGCAGCAUGGAGUCAGGCCUGCAACAGUCCUGACAAACACUUCCCCAAAACCUCCUCCUCGUCUUCCUCCUCAGACCGUGCCGCUCCCUCCUCCUCCUCCUCUUCCUCCUCCUCCUCCACUCCUGUUAGGACUGCCCUGAGCUUCACCAACCCCCUGCACUCGGAUAACUCGGACGAGGAGGGGGACAGCGAGAUGUCCGGAGGAAACGAGGGUUACCCUACUAAUGUAUCCAUGGCAACAGCCGUGGUAACAGCAUCCCCUCACCAUGGAGACCAGCUGCCGGUCCGGAAGGUGUCAUCCAUGUCCAUCGCAGGGCAGGGGUCUCCGUCAGCCACAGCAAACUGCUGGGACAGCGACGACUCCCCUCCCCCCCUCCCUGCGAGAACCCCUGAGUCCUUCCUGCUGGCCACAGACCCCCUGGAGGUGAAGUCGUCAGCCUCGGCAGAGUGGAGCGGUUCAAAUAAAGCUGAAGGUGUGGUGCUGCUCCUGUGA